AUGGAUUUACUCGCCGUUCUCAUCGUACUGGCAUGCAGACCACGAAUAUCGACAUUCAAACCCAGGUAUCAGAUCGAGAAGCAAGGAUACGUACUCAAGAGGUGGGACUUUGAACGUAUGGACACAUCGAAUGCCUACCUGCAAGAGAAGUCCACAGCGCUCAGCUUGGCGCUCAAGCGGACCGAAGAUGUGAUACUGCGUAAAGACAAGGAACUGGAAUCAGCCAAGCGCGCCGAGUUCAACCUCUACGGGGGAUACACAUCCGAGUUCCACCAUGUCCCCUCUAAGUCUGCGACAGGACGUAUCAAUACCCGUCCGGCUGGGGCGAGAAUCUCGGCGUUCUGUCAAGAUGAGAGUCCGCGGAAGUAUCUGAGAAGAUUGGCGAUGAUGCGGGGAUCAACCGCGCCGCGCCUACUGAUAACCUCCACAAACCUUGUCUUCCCAGACCCGCCGUCCCUCACACGCGCGACCCUCUUCCUCGCAACGCAACGUCGGCGGUCCCAGCGGUGGUGUCCCAACGACGCCUGGACGAAGGUGCAAGAAGGUACGAGACAUGAGGUAAUAACGGAGAGAGACGGGGAAUGGUUUUACCUCGGGACAUACGUCGCCGCGGAGGAGCCUAGGAUGGUCGACCCCAGGGCGUUCGUCUCCAUGGCUGACGAGACGCUCGCGGAGCCAGACGGGGCACCAUUAAGCGGCAUCGCGGGUAUGUACGGAAGAGGCCUGCUUCGUGCUCUGAGGAUAGACCUGGAGUACGCGGGAUACAAUGAGGAGUUGGCUAGAGAACUCGCAAGGGCCGUGAGCAAACGUCGAUGCCCUCAUAAGAGGAAGGGGAGGAAAAGGGGUUCGAGGCAGCUGGACGGGGCCGAGGGUGACGACACCUGGGGUUAUGCGGAGGCCUGA